AUGGAACAAGUAAAUAUGGAUGAAGUUGAUGUGUUGACGCGUUUGCUUCGUAAGCUAAGCGCAGCAAAUGUGAGUUCGGAAGAACGUCAGCGACUUCAGGCACAAAUUGAAGAAAUUAUGAGACAGGAGUCCGAUCCAUUUGAAACAAGUGGCGACGUAGAAGAUGAUGAAUAUUUUCCAGAUGAAGAUGACUUCGGUGAAGCAUCAGAUAUAGAACAGGAAAUCGAGUUAGAGGCUGUUCUGGCUGAAAACCACGAUGAUAUUGAGGAUUUGUAUAGAGAAGCUAUCGCCCUUGAGGCUUCAACUACAAUGGAAUCAUGCAGCACAUCUAUUACCCAGGGCCUUAUAUACAGGUCGAAAGAUGGUAGAAUGUGGAAUUCAAAUCCUCCACCACCUGGAAGGCCUCGUUGUCACAAUGUUACAACUUUUACUCGUAAAGGGCCACUACGAGGAGCGUCACCGAGUCAUAAAGCUCUUUUCAAGCUAUUGCUGUCUCCUGAAAUCGUAAGUAUCAUUGUGCGGGAAACCAACAGAAAAGCCGUUGAAGCGUUUCGUCUAUGGAAUGAAAAGCAUCCCAGUAAUAAACAGCGUUCUUGGCCAGCGAAAGAAUUGUGGGCCAGCUACAAUAUGCCAAUUUAUAAGGCAACUAUGUCAUUGAAUCGGUUCAAGAGCUUAACUACUUUCAUCCGUUUCGGUAACAGUGGUACUCGUGCUGAGAGGUUGAAGCAAAGCAAAACUGCUGCCCUGGACGAUGUAUAGCUCAUGCUGAUGGCCAAUUUAGAGAAAGCAUACACUCCGGAUUGUCAUGUAACCGUCGAUGAACAGUUAUUUCCAUAUCGUGGGCGCACUCGAUUCACCCAAUAUAUUCCGAGUAAGCCGGCAAAAUAU